AUGAACGUGAGUACAUGGACUUUUAAUGGACCAGGGAGCCCUGCGCGUGUGGCCGUGGCCUAGAAAAAUCCCAGGCCAUGCGAUCUUUUCCGGGUGUUUUUGCAUUCGGCGCAAUCCGCAGCAGAUCACGGUCUCCAGAGCGUGGCCUCGGCGACCAAAUGGCGUUUUCAUAAAUUGAGCAGGUUUUCUCGGAUUUUUGUGAUCAAAGGCGAUGAAAAAUGAUUAUUCGACAUGAAAACAUACUAAUUCUCAGAAUUAAUAACGUUUUGGCGCAUUUUUUGCGGAUUUCGCUUUUUCGCCUUCUCAUUUUGCGCUGUCUUGACCGUUUUCCGACAGAAUUGGUUUUGAGAAUGAUAAAUCACGUAGAUACAAGCAUUUUGAGCGCUCGAACCGCGAAAACUACCGAAAAGCACAGCAGCGGAAACGCACCGACAUUCCGGCUCCUUGCAAUGGAGCGCACUUGCACAGUCCCUUCGCUGGCUGCUUUCUUUUGAAAAAAAAAUUCUUCUCACUAUUCAAACGCAAUUUAUGAGCGCAACCAUAUCACUUCGAAAAAAAUUAUAUUGAUCUGAAUAUUAAUAUUAUGAGAAACCGAAAAUUACAACGGACUACAAAAAGAGAAUCGGAUUCACAAUUGAAUAAAGAGAUAUAUUUGACAGAGAGAGAGAGAAAGAGAAGCAACUGAAAUUCACGCAGUUUUACUCAAAAACCUUCAAACGGAUAAAUGUGAUGUGCGACUUGACCAAAUUUGACGCUCUUGCGCUUAAAAAAUUCGUAAUAGCCCUAUACAAUCGGUCUAUCGAGAGACAAAUGAGAAAUUAUCGGUUUUUCGUGGCUAAUCUGGCGAAAAACACAAAUUUUGCUGUUAAAAUUUGAAUUUCGCGCCAAUGUAUCGCUCUAUUUGGCGGGGCGCACUUGUGCCCAUUGUAAGCUCUGGAGACCGUGGCGCAGAUGUUGUCAAACAUUCACACAAAUCAGCAGUCAUGCAAGAGCAUCAGACUGCCAACAGGGAAGAGUUUUCGCGCCAGAGUUUUCUAGUCCACGGCCAAAACUUUUAACUGCGCUUCCAUUACCCGGACGCCAUUUUUUGCAUUCAAUCUUUCAUUCUUUCCAGACCCUUCUCAUCCUGCUCGUCCUCUCGCCCGCAAUUCUGGCGAAACCGCAAUCGAUCGAGAUCAGAGGACGUCUUUUGUGCCGCGAAAAGCCGGUGCAGUACGCCGAACUGCUACUCUACGACUAUUCGAGUUUUGGUCAGUUUUCGGGCGAUAAUUUUAGCACUUUCACGGGUUCUCACCUUGCCAGACACGCAAAGUUGGUACGCGUGGCAAAAACAACAAUAUCCAUCGUUUAGGCCCGGACUUCAUUCUGGCGCGUGACGUGUUCGCCGACGCCGGCGGCUACUUUGUGAUCCGCGGAUCGACGGAAGUCGCGUACGAUAUGCGCGGCAAGCUCCAAGUGAUGCACCAAUGUUUCGCCAAGCCCGAAGAAAAAUACGAUCCGUGCGUGCGGAAGUUUGUCGUCGACGUGCCGGCGGCGUUGGUGACGGACGGAGUGUUCCCGCGCACGUGGCACAUGUCCGACAUUCGGCUCGAGGAUGUUGGCGAUCAGUGGACCGAGUGUCCGUGA